AUGAAAACUAAACACACUUGACAAGACACAUCAUUGGAACCGAACCUGUGGUCCUCCCACUCCCCACUCUCUUCAUCUUCCCUUGUCCCUCGGUUCUCCAGAGAGCCCUUCCAAUUCUCUCUCAAUGGAGAAAGCGAAGCAGAGGCCUAGCAAGGAUGACAAGACGCCGAAGCCCGAGUCGGAGGAGUACGAGGAAGACGACGGCGGCGAGUGCGUGAAGAGGGACCCCGUUGCGGGCCGGAAAGGGAGCGGGAGCGCCACGAGGGGCUGCCAGGCGGAGAAGUGCCCGGCGGAUCUGACAGACGCGCGGCCAUACCACCGCCGGCACAGGGUGUGCGAGCUCCACGCGAAGGCCCCGGUCGUCGUCGUGGGCGGCAUGCGCCAGCGGUUCUGCCAGCAAUGCAGCAGCCUCGUACAUCAAUUCCGUAAGAGUGAAUAUACAGAAUUCCUUGCAUUUCACGAGCUCUCGGAAUUCGACGAUACCAAGAGAAGCUGCCGCAGGCGGCUAGCGGGGCACAACGAGCGGAGGAGGAAGAGCUCGGGUGAGCCUUGCGCCAAAACUUCAGGCAGGAAAGGCUCAGGAUCUCAGCUGAAGGAGAUGGCCUGCGGACAGGUCGAUGAUCGGGGGAGAAUUCAGAUCGGCAUCCAAGAGAAUGCCACCUACAAGCACUUCCAGAUCAGAUGAGAUCUGAAAUUCUCGGAUCUUUGCUCCCUCUCUUCUGUCAUUCGAAAUUAUAAUCAUAUCCCUAGGUAUGAGUAAGUAAUUGUUAGUCGAUGAUCGGACCAGUUGUCGUCCGAUAUAGAUGUUGUGUGAUGUACUGCUGCUCCUGCACGGUCUUCCCGGCCAAUAUUGCUACAUUCGCUACUAUGUUACAUUCUGCAACAGGAUUAUUCCAUAACUUCGAGUUUCUACCGGGCA